UUACAUGGCCUCGCCCCCCGGCUCUACCCUUGGGCACGUGGUCCCGCCCCGAAUUUCAACUGACUGAUGAUCUGCGGGAGAGUAGUGAGCCGCUUCUUCUCUGCAGCUGCUGCAGUCAUGGCAGGACCCAGACCCGUGGUGCUGAGCGGACCCUCCGGGGCUGGGAAGAGCACGCUGCUGAAGAGGCUGCUGAAAGAUUUUGACGGCGUCUUCGGCUUCUCCGUUUCCCGUAAGUCCCGAAUAUUGCGUCUUCUUCAUUUUUAAUAUCCCGAAUAUAUCUGUGUAAGAAUCCCCGCCAAGCAGCGCGGGAUCGAUAACGGGGAGUUCAUAGAGAGCGCUGUUUUUUCCGGGAACAUGUACGGGACCAGCAAAGCAGCAGUACACGUUGUGCAAGCCAAGAAUCAGAUCUGUAUACUGGACAUUGACAUGCAGGGCGUUAAGAGCAUUAAAAAGACCGACCUGAACCCCAUCUACAUCUCCAUUCAGCCCCCCUCCAUCGAGAUCUUGGAGAAGAGGCUGCGAGACCGCAAGACCGAGUCCGAGGAAAGUUUACAGAAGAGGUUGCGGGCAGCCAGGGAGGACAUAGAGAUCAGUAAGGAGCCCGGUCUGUUUGAUUCCAUCAUUUUAAACGAUGAUUUAGAAGAAGCUUACGGACAACUCAUAGAUGCCCUCAAAGAGGAAAUCAAAUUGGCUCAAAAGUCGAAGACCUCCUGACCGGCGCACGCCGCCAACAUCCCCCUCCCACUUUCCGCAGCCAUUCCUAACCCCCAUCCAUGCACUGCCAUUCCUACACGAGGCUCAGCGUGACUUCUCCUUCCUCCCUGUAGGCGCCAUUCCCGUCCCAGCUCUGAACAACGCUCCGGUGUCUGUCGGCGUCUCCGUUCUGUCUUCCCGUAUUGUUGUAUUCUAUUAUCUGUCUUCCAAAGCUCGGUCAUUCUGGUGGCAGCUCGAUUUUUUUAUUUCCUAAGGAAAUGGGAGAUACCAAAAGUGUUUCCAGGGCCCGCUCUCCCUGUAACAUCACAAAGGUCAGCCUCAAA